AUGCUGGCUCCUGGGCUGGCCCCCGCAGGCAUCGCUGGCCUGCGCGCUGCCACGGCUCUUAAGAAGGCGAAGAUCGAGCGGUUAGAAGUCAGCAGCCUCGCCCAGACCUCCAGCGCGGUCGCCUCGAGCACUGAUGGCAGCAUCAACGCCGACUCCAUUGACGGGACCCCAGACCCUCAGCGCACGAAAGUGGCCAUCACUCACCUGCAGCAAAAGAUCCUGAAGCUGACUGAGCAGAUCAAAAUCGAACAAACAGCCCGUGAUAACAAUGUGGCCGAGUACCUGAAACUGGCCAACAAUGCUGACAAGCAGCAGAGCGCCCGCAUCAAGCAAGUGUUUGAGAAGAAGAAUCAGAAGUCGGCCCAGACCAUCCUGCAGCUGCAGAAGAAACUGGAACAUUACCAUAGGAAGCUGCGAGAGAUUGAGCAGAACGGGAUCCCUCGGCAGCCGAAGGAUGUGUUCAGGGAUAUGCAUCAGGGUUUGAAGGAUGUCGGAGCAAAGGUCACUGGCUUCAGCGAGGGCGUAGUAGACAGUGUUAAGGGUGGGCUUUCCAGUUUCUCUCAAGCUACUCAUUCGGCAGCAGGAGCUGUGGUUUCCAAACCUCGGGAGAUUGCCUCCCUUAUAAGGAACAAGUUUGGGAGUGCUGACAAUAUUGCUAACCUGAAAGAUUCCUUAGAGGAAGGCCAGGAGGAUGGGGCAGGAGGCAAGACUCUAGGUGUUAUUCAGAACUUUCAGUCAAGUCCAAAAUAUGGCAGUGAAGAGGAUUGUUCCAGUGCCACGUCGGGCUCCGUGGGGGCCAACAGCACCACAGGGGCCCCUGUGGGAGCUUCUAGCUCCAAAACAAACACUCUGGAUAUGCAGAGCUCAGGGUUUGAUGCAAUACUACAUGAGAUUCAAGAAAUUCGAGAGACACAGGCAAGACUGGAAGAAUCGUUUGAGGAUCUUAAGGUUCGUUAUCAGAGGGAUUACUCAUUAAUAAUGCAGACUCUGCAAGAGGAGCGGUACAGAUGUGAAAGACUAGAAGAUCAGCUAAAUGACCUGACUGAGCUCCAUCAGAAUGAGAUCCUGAAUUUAAAACAGGAGCUGGCCAGCAUGGAGGAGAAAAUUGCCUAUCAGUCUUACGAGCGAGCCCGGGACAUCCAGGAGGCUCUGGAGGCCUGCCAGACCCGGAUCUCCAAGAUGGAGCUGCAGCAGCAGCAGCAGCAGGUGGUGCAGCUGGAGGGGCUGGAGAACGCCACGGCCAGGAACCUCCUGGGCAAGUUCAUCAACAUCCUCCUGGCCGUCAUGGCCGUCCUCCUGGUCUUUGUCUCCACCGUGGCCAACUGCGUCGUGCCCCUCAUGAAGACUCGCAAUAGGACGUUCAGCACUUUAUUCAUAGUGGUUUUCAUUGCCUUUCUGUGGAAGCACUGGGACGCCAUCACGGGCUACUUGGAACGGUUCUUGUCCCCCCCUAGAUGAUGGCACGAGGAGUCGCUGCGUCGCCCUCCUUGGCAAAGAUUAGUCAGCAGCUAUUCCGCUGAAGUUUUAAAGUGUCCGAGUGAAUUUGUUUACAUUUAGAAUAACGUUUUUUCUCUGCGAGAUGCAUUGCAAUAGUAUUUUUUAGAUUUUAUUCAAGAACUCUUUUUGGUGAGAAUCCUGGAUAAUUUUUAUGUAGCAUGGUUCUCUUUGGAUGCAAAUCUUAAGGUUCUUCAAAGUGUACAAAUGAAAUAAAUAACAUACACAAAUUUGGAGCAUA